UCACUUCAUGGACCUUUACCUUCAGAUUGUCUCUGUGUGGACAGAUACAAUGUGAGCUCACUGGCUUCCAGGCAGUGACGUGUGGUCAGGGGAGGCAGUGCCUCACCUGCCAUCAUGGAAAGAAAGAAAAAAUAUAAUAAUAAAAUAAUUUAAAUUGUCAUAUUCAUAUAUUGGUUUGUACUAAAGAAACUUCAUUCUUCACCAAUUUCAAUUAUUCUUUCUUCAAAAUUGCUGAAUCUUCUUGAUUUUCCAUUCAAAUGCUUAGACGUGAUGCCGGUGAGGCAGCAACAGCUCAGCCUCACCUUGGAUGGCGCAACCCCUGGCUAACUGCGCUGGCUGCUAAGCGUAGAGAGCAUGUUGCUGUAUGGUGUCAAUAAAAUGGUUAAACAUAUUUAAUAUGUGAACUGAUUUUCAAUAAUUUAGCUUAUGUAUAUAAUGUACAGUGCUUUUUGUCACCAACUGUGUUUGUGUAACAUGUUUUGUGUGCUGAGCGAUUAUAAACAGAAGAGAACAGGUUGGAGGUGAGGAAGGCAGUUCUCUUGCCUCAUGACAGGGGGCGCUCACAACUGCAGAGUAAGUGACAGCGAGCUAAGCUAAACGAUACAGUAAGCAAGUCAAGUGCAGCGAUAGAUUAUUAAAGAUAGAAAUAACUUUUUUCCUCUCGCCUAUCCCGACUUUCAACAUGGAUAACUACAUUUCAACACCAAAACAGUUUUCUCAAGUGGACUUUCAAUCAAGCUGAAUCUAUUUGCAAAUCUGAUUCUGAUGACAUCAGUGUCUCACCAGCUAUGAACCUCACGGCCCAUCACUGCUUCCAGGGAUCUACAGGAUCCAGUUUAAAAUUCCCUCUAAAACAUCCAGGAUAGCACCCUACAUGGAUACACCCAUAUACCUCAGAUCUCCUCCAUCACCUCAGAUCUAGUCAUCAGAACCUGAUGGAUGUCCCACACUGUCCUGAAGACCUGUGUGGACAGAGCCUUCACUUCCACUGUCCCCAAGCUCUGGGAAACUGUCUCCACCAGCAUCAGAUCUGCUGACAGUUUGGACUGUUUGAAGUCGUACUUCAAAAUCAACACUCCAGGCUGUUAUAUGAUAUUUUAGAGCACCACCAAUAUACUCUUUUCUAAGAGUAUAUGAGAAUAGAAAAACAAUGCCCCCAAUCAUCAAACCCCCCAGAGAAGAAACAACAAUUACAACAAUAACAGUUUUUCUAUUUUCCAGGUGGUAGCCCAAAUUAUUUUAAUAUUUUAUGUGGUUCAGAAAAUACAAUCUCAAAUGUAUAACUCAAAGAAAAGUAGUCAAGUAUACAAAUGAAGAAGAUUAUCUUAGGACACCUUGAGCUGCACAGUGGCACAGUUGGUAAUUGCAGCAAGAAGGUCCCGGGUUUGAUUCUUCAUGGAGUUUGCAUGUUCUCCCUGUGCAUGCAUGGGUUCCUCCCAGAGUCCAAAAACAUGACUGUCAGGUUAAUUUGUCUCUUUAAAUUCUCCCCAGGUGUCAGUGCAUGGUUGUUUAUCCUGUCUCCCUGUGUUACCCUGCAACAGACUGGUGACCUGUCCAGAGUGUACCCCACCUCACGACCAGAAUGUUAGCUGGAGAUAGACACCAGUACCUCCUGAUCACACUAGGGACAAAGGUGUAAGGAAAUGGAUGGAUGGAUCUUAGGACACUGCAGGGGAUCAACCGCAACUAUAACUCACCCCCAAUACCUCUCAUGUCCAUGUUUUCAAGAUAUUCUAUAAAAAGACCGCAAAUAUUUUUGAAACAGCGAGUUUCCCUUUUAUAAUAAAACUAAUUUUUUCCAUUGGUAAGGUUGUGGAUAUUUUAUUAAUCCAGUUAAUGAAUUUUGUUUUACUGGCAAAAUCAACUUUUUCACAUGGCUAUUGGGUUAUUCUGGUGUUAAUGGUAUUCAUGAGUGUGGAUCAUCUUCCUAACUUUGAAUUGUGUUCAUGUAAUGCUCUGUUUUCCUCUGUGAAUACUGCUGGAUUAAUCUUCCCUGACUUCCAAAUUGUUCCUGGUUCCUCCACAGAGUGGACCAGCACAGCUCAGAGGUUCCCAGGGGUCCAUCUCCCCAGCAUCAUCAAACCAGCUGGACUCCAUAUUUAUGCUGCUGGAGGACAACAUUGUUACUUUUGUGAAGAAAGAACUGAAGAACAUCCAGAAAGUUCUGAGUCCAGAUUACCCAGAACAUUCAGAGAGUCAGAGAGAUGAUGAGGUGUUGGAAGGUGAUGAUGAAGAACAGAGGAGGAGCAGCAGAGAGGCACUGAUGAAGAUCACACUGAACUUCCUGAGGAGGAUGAAGCAGGAAAAGCUGGCUGGCCAUCUGCAGAUCAAACAUCUUGCUCCAGUUUGUCAACAUAAACUUAAAUCUGGUCUGAAGAAGAAGUUCCAGUCUGUGUUUGAGGGAAUUGCUAAAGCAGGAAGUCCAACCCUUCUGAACCAGAUCUACACAGAGCUCUACAUCACAGAGGGAGGGACUGGAGAGGUCAAUGAUGAACAUGAGGUCAGACAGAUUGAAACAGCAUUCAGGAAACCACACAGACCAGAAACAAUAAUCAGACAAGAAGACAUCUUUAAAGUCCCACCUGGAAGAGAUCAACCAAUCAGAACAGUGAUGACAAAGGGCGUGGCUGGCAUUGGGAAAACAGUCCUAACACAGAAGUUCACUCUGGACUGGGCUGAAGACAAAGCCCACCAGAACAUCCAGUUCAUAUUUCCAUUCACAUUCAGAGAGCUGAAUGUGCUGAAAGAGAAAAAGUUCAGCUUGGUGGAACUUGUUCAUCAUUUCUUUAGUGAAACCAAAGAAAUCUGCAGCUUUGAACACUUCCAGGUUCUGUUCAUCUUUGAUGGCUUGGAUGAGAGUCGACUUCCACUGGACUUCCACAACAAGGAGAUCCUGACUGAUGCUACAGAGUCCACCUCAGUGGAUGUUCUGCUGACAAACCUCAUCAGGGGGAAACUGCUUCCCUCUGCUCUCCUCUGGAUAACCACACGACCUGCAGCAGCCAAUCAGAUCCCUCCUCAGUGUGUUGGCAUGGUGACAGAGGUCAGAGGGUUCAAUGACCCUCAGAAGGAGGAGUACUUCAGGAAGAGAUUCAGAGAUGAGAAACAGGCCAGCAGUAUCAUCUCCACAUGAAGACAUCACGAAGCCUCCACAUCAUGUGCCACAUCCCAGUCUUCUGCUGGAUCACUGCUACAGUUCUGGAGGAUGUGUUGGAGACUAGAGAGGGAGGAAAGCUGCCCAGAACCCUGACUGAGAUGUACAUCCACUUCCUGGUGGUUCAGACCAAAGUGAAGAAGGUCAAGUAUGAUGGAGGAGCUGAAACAGAUCCACAGUGGAGUCCAGAGAGCAGGAUGAUGAUUGAGUCUCUGGGAAAACUGGCUUUUGAUCAGCUGCAGAAAGGAAACCUGAUCUUCUAUGAAUCAGACCUGACAGAGUGUGGCAUCGAUAUCAGAGCAGCCUCAGUGUACUCAGGAGUGUUCACACAGAUCUUUAAAGAGGAGAGAGGUCUGUACCAGGACAAGGUGUUCUGCUUCAUCCAUCUGAGUGUUCAGGAGUUUCUGGCUGCUCUUCAUGUUCAUCUGACCUUCAUCAACUCUGGUGUCAACCUGAUGGAAGAGAAACAAACAUCUAAUACAUCUUCAUUACUUAAUAAACCUGAACUAAAGUCUGUCCAUCAGAGAGCUGUUGACCAGGCCUUACAGAGUCCAAAUGGACACCUGGACUUGUUCCUCCGCUUCCUCCUGGGACUUUCACUGCAGACCAAU